GAUGAAAUUUCUACCAUGGAACUAAAGUUCCAUAAAAGCCGUGCAAUCCGGAUACUUUUGCUUCAUUUCCGCCUUGCUGGAUAUCUGCAUGAGGCAACCUCACCAGGCCCUUUUACGUCUCUGAGAAGUGUGGUACAGAACGGCAGACAAUGACUUCAGAGUCGUGGGAGACUGCCCCAGCAGUGGCUGAAACGCCAGAAAUCAAGCUCUUUGGGAAAUGGAGUACCGACGAUGUUCAGAUCAAUGACAUCUCACUGCAGGAUUACAUUGCCGUGAAGGAGAAGUAUGCUAAGUACCUGCCACACUCUGGAGGCCGUUAUGCUGCCAAGCGUUUCCGAAAGGCCCAGUGCCCCAUUGUGGAGCGUCUCACAAACUCCAUGAUGAUGCACGGCCGCAACAACGGCAAGAAGCUGAUGACCUGUCGCAUCGUUAAGCAUGCCUUUGAGAUCAUCCACCUGCUCACUGGCGAGAACCCCCUGCAGGUGCUGGUCAAUGCCAUUAUCAACAGCGGACCCCGUGAGGACUCCACCCGUAUUGGUCGUGCUGGUACUGUGAGGAGGCAGGCUGUGGACGUGUCCCCUCUGCGUAGAGUCAACCAGGCAAUCUGGCUGCUCUGCACUGGAGCAAGAGAAGCUGCUUUCAGGAACAUCAAGACCAUCGCUGAGUGCCUCGCCGAUGAACUGAUCAACGCUGCUAAGGGUUCUUCUAACUCCUACGCCAUCAAGAAGAAGGAUGAGUUGGAGAGAGUCGCCAAGUCCAACCGUUAAAGUUUGCUUUCUAGAAGAAAAAAAACGAGGAAAUAAAUUUGAACUUCAUUUGUUUAAUGUGGUAUGGUGUUUAGUAAAAUGCAUACUUAUAAAGGCAUCAAUACAUGA